AUGUUACUCUCUUGCAGGUUGGAAUACAGAGUAGCUGCCGAAUCCGCAGCCACAAGGGAGAUCAAAUGCAAUAUACACCGCAGAAACGUCCACGCGCCAUGUGCGAAGCUUGCUGAAGCGCCUGCGACAGCGGUGGGGAUGCAGGGCUGUGAUUGGCAGAGGGGCCCGGGCACGUUCCUGGGAAUUAUCCUGCCAAAUCCUGCUUACUCGCCCUCAAAUGGUCCUGGUCGUCUGUCCGAGCGUGAGAAUACUGGGACGAUCCAUCCCUUGAUACCGCACGGCAUGACGUGGUCGAAGAACUCCGCCUCGGCCUCGGUCGAGGACCGUAAACAGCGGAUUAUUUCGCGGAGAGAAAUCGAGGGCAUGAUUGCCGAUGGCAGACAUAUCGUCAUCUACGACGGCAGGGUCCUCAAGACAGAUGCGUGGAUCAAGUUUCACCCUGGAGGAGAUAAAUCCAUCAAACAUAUGGUCGGGCGAGAUGCGACGGAUGAAAUCAAUGCGCUACACUCGGAGGAAGCCCGCCAGCGAAUGCUGUCGUUUCAGAUUGGACGGAUCGAAGGGAGAUGGACCAAUUUCCUGCCGCCUAUCCAAGGAGGGAAGUUUCGCCCAUACAACAAGGAUGAUUGUGACACCGCGUCGGAUAGUAGUUCAAGCCAGCCAAGCACUCGCCCAUCGUCGCCGGUCUUCGACGAGGUCGUCGACGAAAAGACUGGUCUACGGCGGAGGAACUCUUCGUCAACCGCGGCGUCAUCCAUAGCCUCGGCUCCCCCGGCAGAUAAGAAAUUCGAGCCAAGGCCAUUCUUCCUCGAUGCUCGGACUCAGCAGGAGAUCGUCCUCGACCUGGCCAAGUAUCCUCCGCUAGAACCAGCCUCCCAAGACAACAUCGUGAAAAAGUACCGCGCCCUGAACGAGCGGAUCCGCGCGGAAGGUCUCUACGACUGCAAUUACUGGGCGUAUUUCAUCGAGUGCUGUCGAUAUACCCUUUGUGCGAUGCUCUCGUAUCUCUUUCUCCGCUGGAGUUGGUAUGGCACGUCUGCAUUCUUUCUUGGCUGCUUCUGGCACCAACUCGUCUUCACGGCUCAUGAUGCCGGCCAUAUGGGCAUUACUCACCACUUCCAUAUCGACACGGUCAUCGGAAUCAUUAUUGCAGACUAUCUGGGAGGUCUCAGCUUGGGAUGGUGGAAGCGCAAUCACAACGUCCACCAUAUUGUGACCAAUGCGCCAGAGCAUGACCCGGACAUCGAACACAUGCCAUUCUUCGCAAUCUCGCAUCGCUUUAUGACCAACCUCCGCAGCACGUAUUACGACCGCGUCAUGACCUUCGAUGCUGUAGCUCAAUUCCUGUUGAAAUUUCAGAACUACCUGUACUACCCAAUCCUUCUCUUUGGUCGCUUUAAUCUUUACCGGCUGAGUUGGGAAUAUCUCCUCCUGGGCCAAGCUCCAAAGAAGGGCCCAGCUUGGUGGCACCGCUGGUUCGAAUUGGGCGGCCAGAUAUUUUUCUGGACGUGGUUUGGAUAUGGCGUGCUUUAUCGAUCCAUCCCAGACUGGGGCAACCGCAUUCUUUUCCUUCUCGUCUCCCACAUGGUCACAGCUCCCCUGCACGUGCAAAUCACGCUUUCUCACUUCGCCAUGUCGACGGCGGAUCUCGGAGUCCACGAGUCCUUCCCGCAGAAGAUGCUCCGCACCACUAUGGAUGUGGACUGUCCUACCUGGCUGGACUUCUUCCAUGGCGGCCUUCAGUUCCAGGCUAUUCACCAUCUGUAUCCCCGUAUCCCUCGACACAACCUGCGCCGCACUCAGAAGUUAGUCAUGGAGUUCUGCCGCGAAGUCAACAUCCCUUACGCGAUCUUUUCCUUCUAUGACGGCAACAAAGAAGUCAUUAGCAAACUGGGGGAUGUGGCCAAGCAGGUCCGAAUCUUCGAGGAGUGCAGGAAGGCAUGUGCUGAACAAGCCUUAUUCUCGGACCAUCAUCAUCAUCAUCAUGACUGA